AUGAGCGACGCAAUCCGGUUGAAUUCUCCUGCUGGGCCCUUCGGGCCUGCCAAUACUGCCAAUACUGCCAAUGCCAAUGUGGAGCAUGAAGCCUAUACACUGGAGUUGGAUCUACCUGGAACUGAGCGCAUUUUUCCCGCUGCCAAUGGGGAGAUCACGCUCAUCCCGAGUCCAACUGACUCGCCGGACGAUCCACUCAACUGGCCCACGUGGCGCCGGUACUGGCACGCGUUCCUCGUGCUCUUCAUUGUUGCCCUGACCGCGGCCACCUCCAACGACGCCGGUACCGCUGGCAAUGGAAUGAACGCGCAGCUGGGGAUUUCUUGGGACGAUAUUAAUACUGCGGCUGGUGUGCUGUUCGUCGGCAUUGGCUACUGUAGUUUGCUCUUGAGUCCGGCCCCGUUCUUGUACGGUCGACGGAUCUCCUACUUGCUAUGUUUGCUGUUCUCCAUCGUGGGCUCGAUCUGGUUUGCCCGCGUGCAGACCGUGCAAGACAAUAUCUGGAAUCAGUUGUUCGUUGGGGCAUCCGAGUCAUGCGCUGAGGCAUUGGCCCAGUUGUCCUUGUCGGAUCUCUUCUUCCAGCAUCAUCGAGGACUGGUUUUGGGUUUAUACAUUCUGGCGACUAGUAUUGGUACAUUUCUGGGACCGCUCAUUGCGGGCUUCAUUACAGAUAGCGAUGUCCUGGGAUGGAGAUGGGUCGGUUGGCUAGCGGUCAUCAUUUCAGGCGCGACCCUGGUCGUCUUCCUUUUUGGGCUGGAGGAGACGUCCUUUGAUCGCAAAAGUGUCCUGCAGGGACAGGACAUUCAGCAACAGACCAAACAAGCCGUGGCCGAUCGUCCCUUGGAGGAGAAGGACCAGCAACCACGGAUCGAUUCCGUCUCUUCUCCGGCGGACGAGGAGUCUGGGCGUAAACAGGGCAAGACGUAUUUUCAGCGUAUUGCGCUGAUCACCCCUUCUCCGACACUAAUCGGAAGCGGGUUCAAGCAGUAUUUCCGUCGCAUGUGGCACACCCUGCGCAUCUUCAGCUUCCCUGCUGUCCUGUACUCGGGACUGCAGUGGGGUGCCCAGGAUGCUUGGCUGACUUUCUACUUGACCGUUGAGGAGGACAACUGGUAUGAUGCCCCGUGGAACUACUCCGACGCAGCCGUCGGGAUCAUGAACGUCCCAACCCUAAUCGGCGCCUGCAUCGGCUGUAUCUACGGUGGCUGGUUCUCCGACUACUUCGUGAUGUGGAUGGCUCGCCGUAACCACGGUGUCUUCGAAGCCGAGUCCCGUCUCUGGCUCUUGUUCCCGGUGGCCAUCAUUGCCCCAGCAGGUCUGAUGCUAUUCGGCAUUGGAUCGGACAAGGAUGGAACUGGCCCUGGCCCUAUCAUGGCUUAUCUUCAGGAUGCUUAUCCAGACAUGGUUCUGGAGGGCAUGGUGGGCGUCUCCGUCAUCAACAACACCAUUGCCUGCAUUUUCACGUUCACCGCUCAGUAUUGGCUUGAUGCCGAGAGUCUGUCGAAGACUUUCAUCGCAAUUGGCGUGCUGAGCUUCGGAUUUCUCAUGACGACUGCCCCUAUGAUCUACUGGGGCAAGACUUGCCGCAAGCUGACUCGCAAGCGGUAUGAGAACUUUCUGCGGAUCCGUGAUGGCAUCCUCUAG